AUGAAUCUGAAUUACGAAUGCAUUGCUGCUCAUAUCAGCGAUUAUAUUACAUUAGAAAACUUCUUUGAUACAUUUGACAUAGAAGAUAUCAAAAAAAUCAUGAAAUAUUCAAAAUUAACUGCAGACCAGUACAUUACUCUUCUCAAACAAUCUCAUACAACUAUUAGUGCCAAUAAAUUAUAUAUCUUCACACGAAAUGCGCAUGUUAUUAUCCAAAACAUGGAAGAGUUUAUUUCAACACUGAAAUCUAUCAAAAAAUACAUGAAAUUCAAAAUAUUCAACGGUAUCAUUGGCAUUUUAGAUGAAAAAGAGAAAGAACCACAUGAUUCAAGAGAAGAAAUUCAAAAACAUCAAGAAGAACUAAAAGAAAUUCAAGAUCAAAUACAAAAUUCGGCCAAAGAAGCAUAUGUCAAUCAAUUAACGAAAACAACAGUUUUUCGAGAGAACCUUUAA